UCCAGCAGAAAUGUCGGAAAGUGGGAGUCAGGAGCCCGCGGUGGGGCCCCUGAACGGCGGCAGCAGCCCGACGACAGGAGCCCCAAGACCGCCGGUCGGCAACAAAGUGACGGUGGUGCUCGGGGCUCAGUGGGGCGACGAAGGGAAAGGAAAAGUUGUGGACCUGCUGGCACAAGACGCGGACAUGGUGUGCAGAUGUCAGGGCGGCAACAACGCGGGACACACGGUGGUGGUUGACUCAGUGGAGUACGACUUUCACCUCCUCCCCAGCGGCAUCAUCAACCCCAAGGUCACCGCUUUCAUUGGUAAUGGUGUGGUGAUCCACCUUCCAGGCCUGUUCGAAGAGGCAGAAAAGAACGAACGCAAAGGAAAAAGUCUAAAAGACUGGGAGAAGAGGUUGAUCAUCUCAGACAGAGCACACAUCGUGUUUGACUUCCACCAAGCGGUCGAUGGCGUUCAGGAACAGCAGAGACAAGAACAAGCAGGCAAGAACCUCGGGACAACAAAGAAGGGGAUUGGUCCAGUGUACUCAGCUAAAGCAGCACGUAGCGGCCUCAGGAUAUGUGACCUGUUGGCUGACUUCACCCAGUUCUCUGAAAGAUAUAAAGUACUGGCCCAGCAGUACAAGGCCAUGUACCCCACUCUUGAGAUUGACAUAGAAGGAGAGCUGGUCAAAUUAAAGGAUUAUGUGGAGCAGAUCAAGCCCAUGGUGAGAGACGGGGUGCACUACAUGUACGAAGCUCUUCAUGGUCCUCCAAAGAAGAUUUUGGUAGAAGGAGCCAACGCAGCACUGCUGGACAUAGACUUCGGGACGUACCCGUUCGUGACAUCAUCCAACUGCACGGUGGGCGGGGUGUGUACGGGUCUCGGCAUGCCGCCUCAGAACGUCGGCGAGGUUUACGGGGUCGUGAAGGCCUACACCACCAGAGUGGGCAUCGGAGCUUUCCCAUCAGAGCAGAGCGACGAGAUUGGAGAGCUGCUGCAGACACGGGGGAAGGAGGUGGGAGUGACCACAGGCAGGAAGAGGCGAUGUGGUUGGCUGGAUCUGGUGCUCAUCAAAUAUGCACACAUGAUUAAUGGCUUUACCGCGUUAGCUCUUACCAAACUCGACAUACUUGACGUGCUCUCAGAGAUCAAAGUGGGCGUAGCAUACAAAGUCGGCAACCAAUCUAUACCUCACUUUCCAGCCAAUCAGGAGGUGUUACAGUGUGUGGAGGUCGAGUAUGAGACGCUGCCUGGCUGGAAGAGCGACACUUCGGCCGCUAGAAGCUUUGAGGAGCUGCCGGAGAACGCCCAGAAAUAUGUUCACUUCAUUGAGGAGCAUGUGGGAGUGCCUAUCAAGUGGAUCGGAGUGGGCAAGUCCCGGGAGUCCAUGAUCCAGCUAUUCUAGACGGUGGGAGGAAAAACACAAGCAAAGAGGACGCACAGCAGCGAAUCCACUCGACCCAUCAUCCCCAACCCCCCCUCUCACACACAGCCCACCUACCUGUCUCAACUCUCCGACAGAGACAUGAGCAUUAUGUCUGUUUUUAAUGCUUCACCACUGUCCCAUCAGACUGUCCCAUGGUACAGGUCAAACCUCUCUGGAUCAGACUCCCAUCAGACUGAACUCCCCUUUAUGAAUGGUUCCCAGCGUCUGCAUCUGGAUUUUAAACCGUUUUAAACUCUAGGAUAACAAUUUCACACUCAAGUCCCUCUUUUAUUUGUCCCUGUUUAUAUCAUAGCAGUUUAUUUUGGACACAUGCUACAGUCAGCAACACCAGCUGCCGUCAGGUCUGAUAAAAGACAUAAGGGACACACACACACACACACACACACACACACACACACACACACACACACACACACACACACACACACAGAUACAGCCACAGGUUAACCCCCAGAGGAACUGUUCAUGGAUGUUUAGUUGGUCAAACUUUGUGUGUUUUUGUUAAUCUAUGCUGUGUUUUAAAUGCGCUGUCUGUUGUAAAUCAGUUUAAAAAGUUUUAACCUCUGCACUUUAGAUGCUUUGGACUUUAUCUGCUUUAUGUUUUAUUCUGCCAGAUGUACAGCACAUCCUGACACCAUAAAGGGAUCCUUUAAUAUUUUAAAGUUUGUCUUUUUAUGUUUUGUUUUCCGAUCAUUAGACACGUCUUCUUAUAUUGCCUUGUUCAACCAAAAAAAAAAAAACUUGCAGCAAGGGAUCGCUUCCACUGAGUGCUGUUGAGGAAAGAUUGAUGCUCAUCUUGCUGCACUGUGAUAAUACACGUUUCAGGUUAUUUUGACAGGUGAGUUUUCCUUUAGCCAGUGUAACUAUCCCUUUUCUUUCAAAUGGAAAUUAGAUCAUUGUGAUUGUUUCACAUUAUUAAUACUGGUUUUUGAGUUUGAGUAGGAGAAUGGGGAAAAAAAUUGGGUCAUGAUGAUUACUCAACAAAGAAAACUAUAAAUAUGGAUCGAUAAAUAUAUAAUAGUUCCUCCAGCCUUCUGACAUACAAGACAAAUAAGAUUUGUCUUGUCUUGGAGUGGACUUUCUGUCAAAUAUUUAAGUAAAAUGGUGUCAUUCAAACAAGACAAUCAGCUACCUGGUGAUAUGGUGUCACAAAUGGAAAAUUAUAAUGUGAUGAGUAAUAUUCCUCCAGUUCCUUUGUGAAGUAGGAUGACUAAGGGUUAGGGUUAGUCAUAUUGACACAUUGUCAAAAAUGUAAGCAGCAGAGGAUGACAUAUCCUGACUUUUAGUCACUAAUAUAAGUCUCCUCAAACACUGGACCUGAUGGUUUCCAUAAAAAAACUCAAUGCCGCAACAAAUGGGAGUAUUGGUAGAAACGGGAGAGAUUUCCGUUUUGACAGCUUGCAAGUGUCAUUACUAAUCUAGAUGUUUUUAUCAUCACAGAAUUUGUCAGUUAAAAAUAUUGUACAUAAACAAUAAAACACUAUCUACAUCCAUUACAUAUGAGUUUAGUUACAUUUAAUGACACAUUUUGGCAGAGUUGUUCACCUUUGGUUUUAUUAUAAUUAUUAUAAAGCUGAAAAGUCCCAGUUUUUAUUGUAAUUGAGACGUGGAUGAUGACGUUAACGGUGUAACUAGACAGAAGAACUGGAAAACCAAACAACUCUUGGUGAAGCCUUAUAAUUUUUGGUGGAUGAAGUAUUUUAAAGACAUAUUGUUGUCACGAAUUUAAUAUUCCCAAUUCAAAAGCAUACAGUAGUAGUUCAAAUGCACCAACAGAUUCUUAAAAUAUAUCAUUUUCACAUUACUAGAGGCAUAAUUUGCAGCCAGACUCACUUAUUUUGCAUUUGUGUCAAAUGUUUGAAAGUCUUGACCUGUUUUGCAGUAGCAGCAAAACAUGUUGUCCAUGAACAUGAGGAAAAGUUUUGGGAGGGUUUUAUUCCAAAGUACAGUUAAUUAUAUACAUGAUGGCAUGAAUGGUUUUAUUACCUGAAAUGUUGCAUUCAGUAUUUUAAAAUAAGAUGUGUCUCAAAGCUGAAGUACAUUUUUCCGGGAAACAUUGAAUCAAAUGAUCAGUGUGUAACUUUGUAACAAAGUCAGUUCUACAAAAUGGUAUCAAAUCAUGUCUGAUGACCUAACCAUGAGCCGUACAGUCUGUACCACUAAUCUCAGGACAUACUGAACAUCAACUAAAAGAUAGAAAUGUAUAAAAUCUUCAUGUUAGUUUUGUCUUUGGAUUGUAUGUACAGUAACUGCUGUCAUGUAAAACAGAUGGGACUCUACAAACUCAACAAAGCCUCAUGUAUAGUUUCAACAACUCCUUUAAAAUAAACUUUGUUAGAAGUGAA